AGAAGGGAGGGCUCUGUUGACAGGGGGGGUGGUGUCCGUGUGUAUAAAAGCUCACAGCUGAGAGGCAGACAGCACAUUUGGAAAAGGAUUUUAGCGAGGCUAAAGGGCUCUUCACUUGCAGCCACAGCUCCACUCCUCCGCCGCCUACAGCAGCCAUGACUGAGAGACGGAUUCCUUUCACCCUGCUCCGCACCUCCAGCUGGGACCCCUUCCGUGACUGGCACCAUCGCAUCUUCGACCAGGCCUUCGGCAUGCCAGCCCAGCCCGAGGACUUCACCACAUUCCCCAGCACCCACUGGCCGGGGUACAUGAGGCCCUCCAUGAUGACACCGGACAUGAGCGUCAUGGGCCAAAUGAGCCCCAUGAUGCCCCACACCCCCCUGAUGUACCCAGCCCCCAUGAUGGCCCAGCAGGCCCGUGCCCUGUCCCGCCAGAUGAGCAGUGGUGUGUCAGAGAUCAAGCAGACCCAGGACAGCUGGAAGGUGUCCCUGGAUGUCAACCACUUCUCACCCGAAGAGCUGGUGGUGAAGACCAAGGACGGUGUGGUGGAGAUCACAGGCAAACAUGAGGAAAGGAAGGACGAGCACGGUUUUGUGUCCAGAACCUUCACCAGGAAAUACACCCUCCCCUCCACAGCGAACGUUGAGAAGGUGUCCUCCUCCCUGUCCCCUGAGGGGGUCCUGACCGUGGAGGCUCCUUUGAUCAGACCGACCAUUGAGUGCUCAGAGACCACGAUACCUGUCAACGUGGACAACAAAGGUGGUGUGGUGAAGAAGUAGGAAGAGAAGCAGCGCUGUGUCUCCCACACACACACACACACACACAAACACACAAAUUCAAAUACGCACUUUAUGUCUACAAACUGCUUCUA